GAUUGGGUAACCGAAAUGGUUCAAAUGAGUAAGGCUGGAGGCAAAGCUGGAAAGGACAGUGGGAAGGCCAAAGCCAAGGCUGUGUCACGCUCACAGAGAGCUGGGCUGCAGUUUCCUGUGGGCCGCAUCCACAGACACCUGAAGACUCGCACCACCAGCCACGGACGGGUGGGUGCCACUGCUGCUGUCUACAGUGCCGCGAUUCUGGAGUACCUCACUGCUGAGGUGCUGGAGCUGGCAGGGAACGCGUCAAAGGAUCUAAAAGUCAAGCGCAUCACCCCGCGUCACUUGCAGCUCGCCAUCCGUGGGGAUGAAGAACUGGAUUCCCUCAUCAAGGCGACCAUAGCCGGGGGAGGUGUGAUUCCUCACAUCCACAAAUCUCUGAUUGGAAAGAAGGGACAGCAGAAAACUGCUUAGGGCUGUCACCAGCCCUCUUCCUCCCAUCCGUCCCUGUACAUCUCCGGAUAGAAGACAGCAGUGGGGACACGUGGCAUUUUUAAAACAGUUAAAUGGAAAUGCAUAGACCGUGCUGUAGACAUAAAAAAACAUUGGUCUGUUCUUAGACUCCCAAGUUUGAUAAAGUACCUUUCACGUGGUUACAGUUGUGUGUCCAUUGGCUAGGUUUUUCCCAUGUUUU